GGCCAGGGUGGAGAGAGAGAGAGAGAGAGAGAGAGAGAGAAGGAGGGUGAGGGAGAGACAGAGCAUCUAGAUUCUGAAGUUCUGAUUUUCCGUAACAUAUCAAGCGAUCUCUCCUCGCUCUCUCUGAUUCUCCCACCAGGUUUCUGCACGUUGGAUCUACCACAGGUUUGGAAUAACCUUGGUUGUGGGAAGCUGCUGCUGUGUGUUGAGAACAUCCCAGAAUUUGUUUGAACGUGGAGAAGAGCAAAUUCCGAAGUAAAGAAGUAUCACUUAAGAGAACUCUUCUGAUUCUUGUGGAUUUGGAAAUCUGGAAUCAGGCUUCUGGAUUCCUUGUCAAUAAGGUGAAGGUGAAUUGAAGCACACAUCAAGGAUACCGUCUUCUCCAUUGCAUUAAGGCAUUUGAUUUAGACCAUCUGGGCGGUAUUUCAGUAGGUGAAAAAUCAUGGAUACGAUAGCCGCGGCACCUCUGGUCAGUUACAGGCCUGUGUAUCAAAGAUCCCCUGAUAACCUCCAUGUUUGCUACAAGGAUAAAAUGCGAUUCAGUUAUUCUCAACACGCCAUGUUCAUUUCUGAUUUUUCUGGUCAAGGGCUCAAACCAAGAAAUCCAAGGGUCAACAUGACAAGCCUUUACAGUGCAAAGUCUGAAAUCCGAGCGUUUGCAAUGGAGCUAACAAAAGAAGCCCGGUCAUCUAGGGAAGGGGACAGAUUUCCUGGGACUCUGAAUUAUGCCACAGAAAGAAGUUUAGGUCCUAAACUGUGGCCGCCACCAAACAAAGCAGAUGACCCUUCGUUGGCAAACCCUUUGCUUCGUCAAGAACGCAUGGGCUGUGGUUGGCUAGGGGUCAUUUUUGAAAUGGAAGGAGUCAUUAUUGAAGAAUCCUCUGAUCUGGAGAAUAGGUCUUGGUUAAUGUUAGCCCAAGAAGAGGGUAAACAACCACCUCCUGGUUUCAUUUUGAGAAGAAUAGAAGGAAUGAAGAAUGAGCAAGCUAUCUCCGAGGUUCUGUGCUGGUCCAGGGAUCCUGCUGAAUUGAGAAGAAUGGGGUUGAGGAAGGAAGAGAUCUAUCAAAGCCUUCAUGGUGGAUUUUACAGGCUUCGAGCUGGGUCACAGGAAUUUGCUUUGAAUUUGAUGAAAUAUAAGAUACCUAUGGCUCUAGUAUCUACACGGCCUAGGAACCAUUUAGAAAUGGCUCUAGGAGCCAUCAAUAUUGCAAAUGUUUUUGCUGUUGUGGUUGCAGCUGAUGAUGUACAUAGAGGCAAACCCGAUCCAGAGAUGUUCAGUUAUGCUUCACAACUUCUUAAUUUGAUACCUGAACGAUGUAUUGUCUUUGGCAAUUCAAAUUCAACUGUUGAAGCCGCCCAUGAUGCUAAAAUGAAAUGUAUAGCAGUUGCAGGUAAGCAUCCAAUGUAUGAAUUGGGUGCUGCUGAUUUGGUAGUCAGAAGAUUGGACGAGCUAUCUAUAGUGGAUUUGAAGAAUCUUGCUGAUAUAGAAACGGAGUUUGAAAUGCAAGAAACAGAGGUAGAGCUGGAAGAGGAUCCAUCAACAUCCACAUCUAUUGCAGUUGAUUUCUGGUAGUCUCAGUGUAUAAAAUCUUUAAGAUUAGUUUCAUCUUUCCGAGGCAUGGAUUACAUUGUAUGCACUAGAUUUUAGUAGUGCAACAUUGUCGCCUCCUUGUAUAUAAUUGGUGGGGUUGUCUACAUUGGGCACCUUUCCUUCUAUUGUAUGUAUUAUACACACUGGAUGCUGAUUUAAUGAUGUAUGAUAUGUAAAACAGCACGAAGAAACUCAUCAUCUCUUACAAGAUAAGUGUUAAUACAACUCAGUUUCCAUCCUUUAUCUA